AAAAAAAUAAAAGAGGGGAAAAAAAAUUGGUUAGCUAGAGUUAGAACUAGAAAGUCCAAUCUCUCUAAUUAGGUUAGGGUUUUAAAGUAAUGUGAAACUGCAAUUCACUUCUGACGGCCAAAUUAGGACGUCUUAUACAUCUCUCUCUAUAGUUUAUGAAAUUCUAGAACAGGACAGAGACUGCCAUGGAUGCGAACAGCGAAGAAUUCGGAGUGGGCUGUAUUCUAUCAAUCAAAACCACCCUGGGCGAUGAGUUCGACGGCCAAGUUAUCACUUUCGAUCGGCCCUCCAACAUCCUCAUCCUUCAAGAGGGUUUGAACUCUGGAUCUGGACCACGGCGAAACAUUAGGCUAUUGAAGGCCAACUACAUUAAGGAGUUCUCUUACUUGGGUAAAGCCGAAGACCCUCUUGAUCUCAAAAAAUGUUACCUUGAUCUUCCUAGUCUCCAAGCUAGGGAAGAAUCAGCAAUUAGACAAGCAGAGAUGGAAGCUGAGAGGAUAGGUGUGGGUGUUACCCCUGAGGCUCAGAACAUUUUUGAUGCAUUGUCUAAAACGCUUCCAGUGCGCUGGGACAAGACUGUCAUAGUUGUGAUGAAGGAAGUGCGUGUUUGCAGUCCAUAUCUUCCUGAGUCUGUCAGUGGAGGAACUCCUGCUGCCAAUGAGCGGGUGAAGAAAGUGCUUGAGCUUGAAAGGAAGAGGUUGCUAUCUCGUGGUACUGGUCAGUAAUGGUUUCACCUAGCAUUGUAAGAUUGCAGGGGAAAACACCUUGAGGGUGGCCCUAUUGUCGAGCUUUGCUUUCUAUUCAGGGAUACAAGAUCAUUUGUUUGUCCUUGCAGUGUUAGACGUGACCAGUGAUGUCAAAUUCUUAGUAGGCGUGGCAGCAUAGAAUCGACCAGGUGAAUGUCUGAUGAAAUGGAUUGAGUUUGACAACUGAACCUAUCUGAAUAGAUAUCCAUUUGGUCGAUUUGGAUUUUAAUUGUAAAUCUGUUAUUGGAAUGAAUGGGUCAGAUAUGGAUCUUCUUUGGAAAAUCCUCCGUGAAUUAGAGUCAAAAGUGAAUAUGAAUGGGCAUGAAAUGGAUCUGUUUGAACUUUGAUUAGAUAUCUGAUCCCCAAGCCAAGUUCAUUUUAUUAUUA